AUACAUACAUUCGUUUUGUAGUGGAAGUAUGUUGAUAUAUAUCACAUUUGCUUUGCAAUUUUUCGUAAUGUGCGAUACGAAACUUGAACCGCUUCCAAGAAAUCAAAUAAACAUUAGAAGAUCUCUAUCGCAGUGUAUUGCAACGACAAGCAAACGAUAUUUCGAUGAAGAAUUCGAAAUCAUAACGAUUUCUCUACCUCUAAUGGAAACUAACAUUUCAUCACCAAUUUCACUGGAUCAAUUAACUCUUCCCGAAUUGAGCAACCUUGACAAGGCAACCAUGAUGAUAAUACGAUUGACUUCUCUGAAUAAAACAUGGGGCAAAAUCAAAACUAUCAUAAUGCAGUUCUGGAACAAGAAGGAAAUGCUUGAGCAUCUGACAAAGCUCAAGGAAAAUAAUUUGUUGAAUUCGUACGGAAAAUAUCUGCUUGUGUCUACAGUUGCCUUCAGCAAGCCAUUUCAUUUAGCAAAGAUGGUUUCAAAGUAUAUGUGGACCGAAAAUGUGAUCAACUUCGUGGUCAUGAUUCCCAAUCCUACAAAUACCACUCAGUUCAUCGUAUACACUUGGAAUCCAUAUAAUAACAAUUGUGGAAAUAAGUUUUCCGAAAAUACUCAUUCCAUAGAUUAUUGUUUUUUUGGAACAACUCGAAGUGGUGCAGAUUGGUUCGGUGAUAAAAUUCCCAGAAAAUUAUCAAAUUGUUCUGUGAACGCUACAUAUUUGAAUUUUCCUCCAUAUGUUGUCGCAGGAAAGAACAAGCUAAGCGGUAUUGAAAUAAAUAUUCUUGAACUGAUUGGAGAUCAACUGAAUGUGGCAUUAUCAAUUUAUGAAGCAAUGGGUAUGUACAAGCAAAACGUGUCAGAGAGACACAACGUGGGUAGUGCAUUAGAAAUACUGAAGAGAAAUAAUGCGGAUUUACUUUUCGGGGGCAUCCCCAAAGUUUCCAAGAUAUCUCAAUUGCUGCUUACCAGCCGGUCAUACAUGCAGGAUACAUUCAUAUGGUGCGUUCCAGAUGAACUACUAAGAAACAACUUGAAGAAUUUCAUAUCUUCUAUAAUCAGCUUCGAAGUGAUAGGUCUAACACUACUGUUGCAUUUUAUUACAAGCUUUCUUAUUUGGUACUCAAGUAACAAGACAGAUAGGGAAAUUGCUUCAUAUAAAAACUUCUUAGAAGUAUAUGUCAAUGUGUAUGGGGUAAUAGCUGGUUCCAGUGUACCAAAACAACCACAGACAAUCAAAGUGAGAUAUUUCUUAGCCAUAUUCCUUCUAUUCAGCUUCUUUAUGAACAGUUUCUAUAACAGCAUAUUGACAACGAAUAUAGCCAGACCACAGAACAAACGAAAAUACACCAAUAUGAAAGAUAUAUACGAUAACAACUUGGACACUUACUUCAUACCUGAACAAAAAAUGUUUUUCAAUGCAGACAUAUAUGCUGUACCUCUGAGUGAAAUAAUGCGAAAAUGGAGGGACUGUAUUGAUGUCAACCUAUGUUUGAAGCAUGUUUGUGUGGACAUGGACUCGUCAAUUUGCCUCAGCAGCCUAUACAAGAACUUCAUCCUAGGUAACCAUACCUUGGAAAGUAUAUAUUGUUUGAAAGAAGACGGAAUCAGUUAUCCAGUGACGAUGGUUGUGAAAGAUGGAUUUCCGUUUUACCACAGAUUCGAUGAGAUUUUGAAUAAGCUCAUCACUAGUGGGUUCAUUGCCAAGUGGGAAGCUGACUUCAUCGAUGAUCUCAAUAUACCACAGCAUCAGAAAACGGCUAAAAUAAAUUUGACACAUUUACUACCAGCCUUUGAAAUUCACUUCAUUGUCUUAACCGCAGCUUUCGUUGUUUUUAUAUUGGAAAUUAUAUGGUAUAACUUGGUGAAUAAGUGUGGUUGGAUAGAGAAAAGAAUAUCGAAUUUGAUGGACAUUUGA